AUGAUACCCCCCGCCCCGACCGCACGCAACAUCGUGCGCGGAUUCCCUGGCACGCCAGUCACGUCUUGUGAUGAGGAUUCCGACUCUGCAACCGGCCCUGGACGUGCGACAAUUCCCAAGGCCAACCGACGUGGCCGUCCCCGCAUCGAUGAUGUCGUCAGCGCCAACUGCAGCCCCGUCAUGCGUCCCACGCCCUCGCCUAGCAUCUCGGGCAUCGCCAAGCUUCGUAUGCAGAUGGAUCCCUUCAGCCUCGAUUCCGCUUCGCGCUCGAGCUCGGUCACGCGGCCCGGACGCCGAGGAGCCGAUAAUGGCUUCAUUCUGGGCCGCGCACCGGACAGCCGCUCUCACAGCCGCGAUGGUGCCCCUAGCGAGACAGGUAGUGAGGGCUACGAGACGACGUCUACUGAGUACGAGGUGAAUCUUGAGCAUGACUUUGCCAGCGAGAGCGUCCGCGACCGCCCCGGCUGCAUGGGGACGCUCCAGGGCGACCUGUCCUCUCGCCGCCGCAAGAUGACAGCCGAUGAGUUUGAACCCCUGCGAUGCCUCGGCAAGGGAACCUACGGUACCGUGCUUCUCGUCAAGCAACGUUCUACUGGCAAGCUCUACGCCCAGAAGCAGCUCAAGAAGGCGUCCCUGGUCGUCCACCGGAAGCUCGUUGAGCAGACCAAGACGGAAAGGCAGAUUCUCGAGUCUGUCAAUAGGCACCCCUUCGUGGUAAAGCUCUUUUACGCCUUCCAGGACCACGAGAAGCUCUACCUGAUUCUCGAGUACGGUCAGGGCGGCGAGCUCUUCACUCAUCUCAGCACUGAGAAAAUGUUCUCCGAGGACGUUGCCGCCUUUUACAUGGCCGAAAUGCUGCUCGCUAUCUCGCACCUGCACACCAACCUCGGUGUUGUCUACCGCGACCUCAAGCCGGAGAACUGUCUGCUGGACGCUGAUGGCCACCUCUUGCUCACCGACUUUGGCCUGUCCAAGGUCAGCGCCAAAGAGUCAAGCGACAGCUGCAACUCGUUCCUCGGCACCGUGGAGUACAUGGCGCCUGAGGUGAUCCUGGGCAAGAAGUAUGGCAAGGCGGUCGACUGGUGGUCCUUUGGCGCGCUCGGCUAUGACCUCAUGACAGGCAACCCGCCGUUUCGCGGCGGGAACCACGCAAAGAUCCAGGACAACAUUGUCAAGCAGAAGCUGUCACUGCCGUACUUUCUCAGCGCCGAUGCCAAGGACCUGCUCACGCGCCUGCUGCGCAAGGACCCGCACAAACGUCUCGGUUCGAACAUGCCCAAGGAUCUGCAAGCGCUCAAAGGCCAUAGGUUCUUCCGCAAGAUUGACUGGAAGCGCCUGGCCGCCCGCGACGUCGAGCCGCCCAUUCAGCCCAUGAUUACGGAUCCGGAGCUUGCUGAGAACUUUGCGCCCGAGUUUACGGACCUCCCGCUCAGUCCCUCGCUCAUUGCCGUCCCGCCGCAGCCUUGGGCCAUCCCACCGUCGACCAAGGACGGCGCCUUUGCCAAAGACGACGUUUUUGGCGGGUUCAGCUUUGUCGCUUCGUCUAGCCUCCUAGAAUCGCACGGGUUCUCCCGGGGGGGUGGCAUGGUGGCCGAUUGA